CCUUUCCAAUAAUAUCUAGCUUAGCAUUAUUUAUACAACAAAUUCUUUUUUAGGAUCAUAAUGUUGAAUCAAACCUCUUUCCCAUCUCAAAUCAAAUCUUGCAUGCCUUAUCAACCAUUGAUGCAUUCUAGAGUCUCAAACAAUCCAAGGUUAAUUUUAAGAUCAACAAACAUCAAGCAUUCCAAAUCUGGCUGUGGCUACGUGAAACGUCAUGCAGUAAUCACAAAUAUGUGGACAAAAGUACCCCGCAAUAACAAUAUGGAGAAUUUACGAGACAAUUAUUUGUUUCCACAGAUAUCGAUGCGAGAGAUGGAGCAUGUUAAGAAGUAUCCCGAAGCAAAAUUGAUUAGACUCGGAGUAGGCGACACAACACAACCUAUUCCACACGCUAUUUCAUCUGUUAUGUCUGAGUGUGCGCAAGCUUUAGCUACUAUCGACGGCUACAGUGGCUACGGAGCUGAACAAGGCAAUACGGAGUUGAGGAAGGCAAUAGCUGAAACAUUUUAUAAAAACACGAGUAUUACGAGUGAUGAAAUUUUCAUAUCGGAUGGAGCACAAUGUGACAUUUCUCGUCUACAGAUGCUAUUGGGAUCCAAUAUAAGCGUAGCUGUGCAAGAUCCUACGUUCCCGGCGUAUGUUGAUUCAAGUGUUAUAAUGGGACAAGCAGGCAAUUAUCAAGAACGAACAGGAAAGUACAAUAGCAUUGUGUAUAUGAGUUGUGGACCCGACAAUAAUUUCUUUCCAGAUUUGGAAAGUACACCUAGAACAGAUGUCAUCUUCUUUUGUUCUCCUAAUAAUCCAACAGGCUAUGCUGCAUCUCGACAUGAAUUACAACAGCUUGUGGAUUUUGCUAAAAAUAAUGGUUCUAUUAUCAUCUAUGAUUCUGCUUAUGCAACUUAUAUCUCUGAUGAUAGCCCUCGAUCAAUCUUUGAAAUUCCUGGUGCUAAGGAGGUUGCAAUAGAAGUGUCUUCAUUCUCAAAGUUUGCUGGCUUUACAGGAGUAAGAUUGGGAUGGACACUAGUUCCCAAAGACCUUUGCUAUUCCAACGGCUUUCCGGUUAUUCAUGACUACAAUCGUAUCAUAUGCACUUGUUUUAAUGGCGCUUCUAAUGUUGCUCAAGCUGGUGGACUAGCAUGCCUUUCGCCUCAUGGUUACAAGGCCUUGCGUUCUACAAUCAAUUACUACAUGAACAACGCCAAAAUGUUAGUACAAACAUUUACAUCAUUCGGAUUAAAAACGUAUGGUGGAAGAAAUGCACCAUAUCUAUGGGUUCAUUUUCCAGGCUCGAAAUCAUGGGAUAUAUUCAAUGAAAUUCUUGAGAAAACGCAUAUAUUAACAGUUCCAGGCAGAGGAUUUGGUUACAAAGGUGAAGAGUUCAUUCGAGUUAGCGCCUUCGCUCCAACAGAAGCUAUAUGUGAAGCGUCUAACAGGCUGAAGGAGCAUUUUCAUGACCCUAGUGAUCGAUAUGUCCUCCGUUCACAUUACUAGAAACUAAAACAUUUCAAUAAUUUUCUGAUAAUCACAUUUCAUUUAUGAUGUAACAAAAUGUGAAAAAUGAAUUACUAAUAUAAAGAAUAAUAAUAACUUAUUAAAUCUUAUUUGUAAAUGA